GCCUAGCGUUUCUAUUUCCAUAAUUCUGCCAUCUAUCGGUGAAAUAAAACAAGAUUCAAUGCUAACCUCAAAAAAUAUCCAAAAAUCAGAACCAGAUCAUUUCAGAGGCAGAUUUGUUCAUAAAUAAUAUCAUUCAUGAUGAGUUUACCAGGACGAAAUAAAUUAUCUAUUCUUGAUAAACCACUUAGUCGAGGAAAGGGAGAGGUCUCCCUCAGCUGCUUCGCCUUGUUAUUUUCAGAAGUAGUUCAAUAUUGUCAAAAUAAAUCACGUACAGUUACUGAUAUACAGAACAGGCUACACAAAUUAGGAUCUAGAGUUGGUGUGAAAUUGAUAGAUCUAUACUUUGUUCGAGAAAGAGGUGGUAAAAGAGAAACGAAAUUGCUCAACAUACUCCUCUUCAUUAAAUCGACUAUGUGGAAGUCCCUUUUUGGAAAAGAAGCCGACAAACUCGAACAUUCCAAUGAUGAUGAAAAUACAUAUUAUUUGAUGGAGAAGGAUCCUUUGGUCAACCGUUUCAUAUCUGUUCCUAGAGAUAAGACAAGUUUGAACUGUGCAGUAUUCAUUGCAGGACUGAUUGAAGCAGUUCUGGUUGGCACAGGGUUUCCUGCUAAAGUCACAGCUCAUUGGCAUAAAGGAACCACUUACAUGUUGAAGUUCGAUGAUGAAGUCCUGUUGAGAGAAAAACAGAUGGAAUAAAUGGAGAAAUUUUGUUACAUUGAAUGUACUCUGUGAAAUUAUUGAUAAAUAUUAUGUAUUUAUAAGUUAUUAUAUUAAAUCUCUUGGAAUAAA